GCCCUCUCGUAGCCCUCGUAUAUAGCCCACUCUCUCCAGAUCUUGCUCGUCUCCCCGGGUCCCGCCUCGCCGUCGGUAACGAUGAACCGCCACCGCCGUGGCAUCUUCGACGGCCUUCCGAUUCCGGCCGACAAAUCUUACCUUAAGGAAGGGCUGUCGCGGAUCGACGAGGGAUGGGCCGCGGCGCGGUUCGACUCGCUGCCGCACGUCGUGCACAUCCUCACCUCGAAGGACCGCGAUGGCGAGAUCCAGUUCCUCAAGGAGCAGAGCGACCUCAUCGAGGACGUCGUUGACGAGGUCGUCCACGCGUACCACCAUGGUUUCAACAAGGCCAUCCAGAACUACUCCCAGAUCCUGCGGCUGUUCAGCGAAUCCGCCGAGAGCAUCACCGGCCUCAAGGGGGAGAUGGCAGAGGCCAAAAAGCUGCUUGGGAGGAAGAAUCAGCACCUUGGGCAGCUAUGGUACAGGUCCCUCACGCUGCGCCACGUGAUCUCCCUGCUGGAUCAGGUUGAGGAUGUUGCCAAGGUUCCUGCUCGGAUUGAGAACUUGAUGGCAGAGAAGCAGCUAUACGCCGCAGUGCAGUUGCAUGUUCAGUCAAUGCUGAUGCUAGAGCGGGAAGGCCUUCAAGCGGUAGGUGCUCUUCAAGAUGUUCGAUCUGAUCUAACAAAGCUGCGUGGUGCACUGUUCUACAAAAUUUUGGAGGAGCUGCAUUGCCACCUAUACAACAAUGGUGAAUAUAGCUUGGUGACUUUAAGCAUGGUUGACAGUGAGGACAUACCAACUUCUGGAGCCACUGGUCGCUUAGUAAACAGCAUGCAGCCUCUGUCCAGGAGAACAAUGUCUAUUAAAGGUGAAAAUCACUUUAGUGGACCAGCUACUGCAGAUGGGAUAACAAAAACUAGUUCUGUUGGAUGUUCUUCAUUUGAUGGCCCAGACGAUGAUAGUAGCUUAGGUGGUGGGUGUGGUCGGAAGGAUUCCAAAAGUUUCUCUUGUGAAAUUCCGAUUUUCCUUUCUUGCGCUACACCAGACGAGUUCCUUGAAUCAAUGAGGAAGGCAGAUGCUCCCCUCAAUGUGAAAUACUUAAGAACAUUGGUGCAAUGCUUAUCCAUGCUUCGAAAGGUUGCAGCUGCUGGAGCUGUGAUAUGCCAAAGAGUUCGCCCGACAAUUCAUGAUGUUAUCACUUCAAAGAUUAAAUCAUAUGCUAGAGAGGCUUCAAAGUCCAACAUAGAUAAAGUUGCAAAAAGAACGGCAUCGGAUGUGUCACAUUCACAUGGAGCUGUCACCUGUUACCAACUACCUAAACAGAAAAAGAAGAAUGAGGCAUCGACAUUGGCAACACAACUUGUUGCUAGUCCCAUCUCUCCAGUUAUGGCACCCACAGGAGAUGCUCAGCAUGCAGCUAGUCAGCUUCUUGGUUCAAUAUUUGAGUGUCUAGUAGGCAUACUUGAGAACCAUAUUACUGUUGGAGAGCUCCUUGAACAAAAAUCAUCAACUGACGUUGACAGUGUAAACACACCUCAUGUGGCAAAUGGGGACACAAGCUGGAAUCCAGAUUCUGAAUACUCCCAACCUACUGGUGGUUUUAGUGUUGCAUUCUCUCUGUCAGUUGUUCAGAGCGAGUGCCAGCAACUUCUGUGUGAAAUUUUGCGGGCAACUCCAGAAGCUGCUACUGCAGAUGCAGCUGUUCAGACAGCUAGGCUUGCAAAUAAGGACCCAGUGAAGGAAAAGAGGGAUGGAUCAGAAGGCCUUUCUUUUGCUUUUCGCGUUACAGAUGCAGCAAUCUCUGCGCAAAAUGAAGGUCAAGGAUGGAGAAGAAACCCAGCUGUACCCCAAGAAGGGUAUGGAACAGCAAGCAUCAUACCUGAUCAAGGGAUUUUCCUAGCUGCAUCAGUUUACCGUCCUGUCUUUGAGUUUAUGAAUAAAAUAGGAUUGAUGCUUCCUCGAAAGUACUCACAACUUGGGAAUGAUGGCUUAUUGGCUUUUGUGAACAACUUCUUGAAGGAGCACUUCUUGCCAGCAAUAUUUGUAGACUAUAGAAAAUGUGUUCAGCAGGCUAUAUCUAGUCCAGCAGCAUUUAGACCACGUGUAAAUGCAACCUCAGUAUAUAGCUCACUAGUGGAGAAUGGCCGCCCUGUACUACAAGGGCUUCUGGCUGUUGAUAUAAUUGCCAAAGAGGUUCUUGGUUGGGUUCAAUUGAUGCCGGUCUAUGCUGCUGAGCUUGUCGAGUAUGUUCGCACCUUUCUGGAACGUACACAUGAAAGAUGCCGGGCAUCAUAUAUGGAGGCUGUUCUUGAGAAACAAAGUUAUAUUCUCCUCUCACGGAGUGAUGUUGAAAGUUUAAUGCGUCUGGACCCUGCAAAUGCUUCUUUGCAAAAGUCUUUUGGUCAACUUGAUAACGACAUUCCAGAUGCAGGAAUUGAAGUGGAGAUUGAACUAAGUGAUCUCCUAUUGGAUAUGUGCCCGAUAAAACAGGAAAACUUGAUCCAUGAUGACCAGAAAUUGAUAUUGCUGGCAUCUCUUAGCGACUCCUUGGAAUAUUUAGCAGAUUCAGUUGAAAGGCUUGGUGAGUCAUUUAUAAGUCCAUCCACCAUCUCAGAAAACAAAAGUGACAUACACCAAAGUCACCAUACUCGCACAUCUAGUGCAAUUCCGAAAAGCCUUGCAUCUCUUGCUAAUGAGUACAGAAGGCUAGCAACCGAUUGUGUUAGAGUCUUGAGAUUGGAAAUGCAGUUGGAGACAAUAUAUCACAUGCAGGACAUGACAAAAAGAGAAUAUGUAGAAGAUCAAGACGCUGAAGAUCCUGAUGACUUCAUCAUCUCUCUUACAACUCAGAUUGCACGUAGGGAUGAAGAAAUGGCUCCUUACAUCCCAGAAUCGAAAAGGAACUAUGUAUUUGGUGGGAUUUCUAGUGUUGCUGCUAAUGCAUCAAUAAAGGCACUCGCACUAAUGAAGUCCAUCAACCUGUUGGGAGUUCAACAAAUAUGCAGAAACUCGAUAGCACUAGAACAGGCACUUGCAGCCAUACCUUCCAUUGAUAGUGAGGCAGUCCAACAGAGAUUAGAUCGUGUUCGGACAUUCUAUGAGCUACUAAACCUGCCUUUCGAGUCUUUGCUUGGGUUCGUUGCUGAACAGGAAUAUAUUUUUUCUGCAAAAGAAUACUUGAGCAUACUAAAGGUCAAUGUACCUGGUAGAGAGAUACCAAUGGAUGCUGAACGCCGUAUCUCACAGAUUUUGAGUCAUUAAGUUGAAUUGGGCAAGAUGAUUUUAGCCAUAACUGGUGGCAGAUGUCUCACUGUAUCUUUCUCGGCUAUCUUUGUAGCUGUAGUUAAUUUUGUUAUUUCUGUUUGGUUUUUUUCUUUUGAUGUCUACAGUGUAGGUAAUGUGUUAUUUGUUGUCUCAUUCACUGUAAAUUUGUAGUGCUUUGACUGGAACGCUCAUUCUUGAUCGUUGUAAAUGUGUAAUCUUUUGGACGUAAUUUUAAUAAAAUUCCCAGAUUCAUGUGUUCCGUUA